GGAGCGGGACGGCGGCGGCGGUGUCCGGCUGCGCGCUGACCCCGGACCGCUCCGUUCCGCCUCUCACCCGGGCGGGCGGGUGCGGAGGGCCAGGCCGCCAGAGCCCUGCUCUCGGCCUCUCCACCUCGGCCGAGUUCUUCACAGCUCGGCGGGACUCGGGCUCACGGGAGGACACGCUCCCGGGUUGUCCGCUGCCUCUCGGAUCCCACCCGAGUCCGGAGUUGAGGUUGCAGCCGGGCGGGUCCCAUCCGGAGCCCGCGUGGGUCUCGGGGAUGGUGCGGGCUGCCGUGGCGCGGGGUUUUGAAUACUUGUAGCUGGUGCCAGGGGCCAAGGUUAUGGGUGUCUCUGAAUGAGAAGUCCUGAAGCUGAGGCAGGAGGAUUGGCCCGAGUUUGAGGUCAGCCUCUGCCACUUAGGAAGACCCUCUUAUGGAAGAAAAUAAUAAAGGCAGUCCCUGAUUCCGAGCUGUCUGGAAGGAGAGCCGAGGGGAUGUCCCUCCAUCCCUUCGCGGAAGUUCGCUCCAUAGAGGGAAGCGCCUUGGAGACUAGGUCAUUGGCAGCUGGCUGUGUCUCAGAGCUGAUGACCAACCUCUGUGGUUGGGAAAUGUGUUGCUGGAUGUGGUAGGCUCCGGCUGCCCGUGGAGUUUAGAUGUGACACUUUGGCAGAAGUUUACAGCGUCACCUAGUUUUGUGGAAGAAGAUGAGCCUGAAGUCCGAACGCAGGGGAAUUCAUGUGGAUCAAUCUGAGCUCCUGUGCAAGAAAGGAUGCGGUUACUACGGCAACCCUGCCUGGCAGGGUUUCUGCUCCAAGUGCUGGAGGGAAGAGUACCACAAGGCCCGACAGAAGCAGAUCCAAGAGGACUGGGAACUGGCAGAACGACUUCAACGGGAGGAGGAAGAGGCCUUCGCUAGCAGCCAGAGCAGCCAAGGUGCUCAGUCCCUCACCUUCUCCAAGUUUGAGGAGAAGAAAACCAACGAGAAAACCCGCAAGGUCACCACAGUGAAGAAAUUCUUCAGCGCCUCUUCCAGGGCUGGAUCCAAGAAGGAAAUUCAGGAAGCCAAAGCUCCCAGUCCCUCCAUAAACCGGCAGACCAGCAUUGAGACGGACCGAGUGACUAAGGAGUUCAUAGACUUUCUCAAGACCUUCCACAAGACAGGCCAAGAAGUCUAUAAACAGACGAAGAUGUUUUUGGAAGCAAUGCCUUAUAAAAGGGAUUUAAGCAUCGAGGAACAGUCAGAGUGUACUCAGGACUUUUACCAGAAUGUGGCUGAAAGAUUGCAGACCCGUGGGAAAGUGCCUCCAGAGAAAGUGGAGAAGAUAAUGGAUCAGAUUGAAAAGCACAUCAUGACCCGUCUCUAUAAAUUUGUGUUCUGCCCAGAGACUACCGAUGAUGAGAAGAAAGAUCUCGCCAUUCAAAAGAGGAUCAGGGCUCUGCACUGGGUGACACCUCAGAUGCUCUGUGUCCCUGUCAAUGAGGAAAUCCCUGAAGUGUCCGACAUGGUGGUGAAAGCAAUCACAGACAUCAUUGAGAUGGACUCAAAGCGUGUGCCUCGGGACAAGCUGGCCUGCAUCACCAGGUGCAGCAAGCACAUCUUCAAUGCCAUCAAGAUCACCAAGAAUGAGCCAGCCUCUGCCGAUGACUUCCUGCCCACCCUUAUCUACAUCGUCCUGAAGGGCAACCCCCCUCGACUGCAGUCCAACAUCCAGUAUAUCACUCGCUUCUGCAACCCCAGCCGGCUCAUGACGGGCGAGGAUGGCUACUACUUCACCAACCUGUGCUGUGCCGUGGCUUUCAUUGAGAAAUUAGACGCCCAGUCUUUGAAUUUAAGUCAGGAGGAUUUUGACCGGUACAUGUCUGGCCAGACGUCCCCCAGGAAGCAAGAGUCUGAGAGCUGGUCCCCAGAGGCCUGCUUAGGUGUGAAGCAAAUGUAUAAGAACUUGGACCUCCUGUCUCAGUUGAAUGAACGGCAGGAAAGGAUCAUGAGCGAAGCCAAGAAACUUGAAAAAGACUUAAUAGACUGGACAGACGGGAUUGCCAAGGAAGUUCAAGACAUUGUUGAGAAAUACCCACUUGAGAUUAAGCCCCCGACCCAACCCUUAGCAGCCAUCGACUCUGAGAAUGUGGAGAACGACAAGCUCCCUCCCCCACUGCAGCCUCAGGUGUACGCAGGGUGAUGGCUUGCUCUCGGCCGUGCUCAUUUGGGGCUGAUUUCAGGGAGCUGCUGAGUUCCGCUCCUCAGGUCUGGAAUAUGAAUUAACUGCUUAAAAUGUCAAAGUAUUUUUAAGGUACAGAUUUAGGGAUUUUGUUUUGUUUUGUUUUUGUUUUUUUCCUAGCAGGGGAAGCUUAGAAGAUAAUAAUGUACUAUUUAUUUGAGUUGGUGGAGUAGGUUUGUGUGAAUUCUGGUUACUCUUUUAUGUCCUCCCUGAUUUUCCCAUGGGCUUCCUCUGUGAUAGACACUGUUGUUGGUUUUAGGCAAACACUGCCUUUUAAAGGAUAAAACAGAUGCUAUAAAGUCUAUGUUGAAAUGAAUUCUAUGUUUGCACACUCUCCCAGUGUGAAAUAAUUUUGUAAUUGUAAAGAUAGAAGAUAAUGUUAAUAAGUAAAUAUGUAAAAUUGUAAAUAUGUAAAAAUAAAUAGGGCUGGGAGGGGUGGUGUCGGCGCAUGGCGUUUCAGGGGCUGAUGGGUUUUUUUAGGAGAAAAUGAAAUCUAUUGAAUGUUUCCUUUAGCACCAUCUUCUUUGGUUUGUCCCCUAACAAUCAUCUAAAACGUUUGAGCUUUAACAGGACUCUGGCACUAACUGCCCUAACUCUGAGGUUCUUUUGGUCCAUGUUAUAAAGUUGUGACACCAACUUUUAGGUCACAUAAAGUAUUGUUCUGGAACCCUGGGGAGGUGGCUCAGUCAGUAAAGUGCUUUCCACACUAAUGUGAGGACCCGAGCUCCCUGUCCGGCCCACAUGUGAAAAGCCAGGCAUGGCGACACACACUUGGAACAGCACUACUAGGAGGCAGGGACAGGCAGGUUCCAGGGCGGCGGGGGGGCUUGCUGACAGAGCAACAAACAAGCAACAAACCAAGAUGGACGGCUCCUGAGAAAUGACAGCCAAGGUUGACCUCUGGCCUCCACAUGCCCACAUAUGUGCCUGUGUACCUCUACACACGUGUACCACACACACAUGAACACAUGGAGUUGCUAAUUAGUACGGUUGACUUGGAACUGUGCUUGUAGCUUCCUUUCCCUUAUUCAAUAAACUUCACCCGCAAUGUUGUGGGCUAUUGCCAUUUUGA